AUGGUCUCCAGCUCUGCUGCUCCCCUCACCUCCACCUCGGCCUCCAUAUUCUCCAGCAGUCCCUUCCUGUCCACCGCCUCAAUCUCAGUCUCCGACGUCAAGUUGGCCGACCUGGACACAGCCUGCCUGGAGGAGUCCCUUUCUCUCCUCACCAAGACUGAGUUGGAGACGGCCCGGUCGGUGCCCGAGGUCGAUCUGACCAGCUCCCUGUACACCCAGGACUGGGAGCCCCUCUACAGCACAGCCAAUAAUGACUUUGAGCCCCUGUGCACACCUGUGGUCACCUGCACCCCGUCCUGCACUACCUACAAGUCUUCGUUCGUCUUUACCUACCCAGAGGCUGAGGCUUUCCCUACCUGUGGCGUGGCCCACCGGAGAGGCAGCACCAGCAAUGACCAGUCCUCUGAUUCCCUCAACUCCCCUACCCUACUAGCCCUGUGAGGAGAACUUCAAGUUGAGUCCCAAAUGUCUCCAUAUAGUGUGCACUGCUUAGGGCUCUGGUCAAAAGUAGUGCACGUGACAUUUGGAACCCCCCCCCCCCCCCCUCUUCUUCCACACAACACGACUUCCUCUAGAGCACAUUUGGCACUUCAUGGGCAGUCCCAGUAUGUGGUAGAUGUGCAGAAUGAUCGCAGGGCUAUGGAAUGGACUUGGACACACACAACCAGGAAGCAACAUAAAUGAUUUGUUUACUAAGUUUUGUCUUGACUAUAAUCGGCUAUUACUUGCCUCUUCAACUAUAUAGCAAGUGAAAGCAUGUUUAACUUAUAACACAUAAUAGUUUGGGUUUACAAACCGUAUAUUGAUUUUAUGGCACUUGAUAACAAAGUUGUUGUUAGUGUUGAUGACUUGUGUUCUUCAGAACAAUAUAG